GACAAUCGGAGCUCGGUCAUUUAUUAGCGGCGCCCCUCCCCUUCUGCUCUCAGUCUGCUGGAGGAGCUCUCCAGACGCGCACUGAACUGAAACAUAGGCUACGCAUGGAAAUAUAAGCCUUUUGCGCAACGAAAUUUCUUAAGGAUCGUGAAACAGAUAUACGAGUACAGACCACGGCACAUACUUUUUAUUCGUGAUGAGACUGUGAUUUGGUACACAGUCCAAUCAGAAAAUCUCUCAUAACAUUAUCAUUAAUUGCUGUUGAACAAAAAACAGACUGAAAUGAGAACCGCUGAGGAUUCGUCAGGCACAAUGCUGCACAGACUGAUUCAAGAGCAGCUCCGUUAUGGGAACCCCACAGAUCCUACUUUGUUAGCCAUCCAGCAGCAGGCUCUGCGUGGAGGCAGCAGCGGUGGUGGUGCAGGAAGCCCUUGCUCAUCCCUGGAGAGCCUAACGCAAGAGGAAUCCCUCUCCCCCCAGUUGUCCACCAGGCAGGAGCCUCAGGGCCAAGAGCACCAAGGGGACUACCAGCAUUCAGAGAAUCCCAUCUGCCAACUUUAUCAGCUCCACACAGAGGAGCUGCCUACUUAUGAAGAGGCGAAAGCACACUCCCAGUACCUGGCCUACCAGAGGGGGCAGGUUGGAUAUCUCGAGACCCCUGGAGUGGUUGUGGGGUCUGAGCUGGACGAAAGCAUGUGGGAUAUAAAACGGGAGCAUGCUCGCUCGCUCAGCGAACGCCUCAUGCAGCUCUCUUUGGAGAGGAAUUGUGCCCAUGACAAUAUUCCCAUGAGCUCAUCGCAUAGCUACCCUCAGCUCUCCAAUAAUCACCCUGGGCCUGUUGUGAAUGAGAGGUCACUUCAUGAGCCAGACCUGCGUGGUCCACCCCCGGAGUAUCCCUUUAUGGUCAGAUCCCCUGAAUGUAUGCUUAGCCAUUCACAGGAACAUGGGCACUAUUACAAAGAGCCCCCUCCUGCUUUUCACUCACAACAUCAUAGGUUAUUUCCAACCCAGUCACAAGUCCCCCACCAUAGCGGCCUGCCCAUAAUGACCCUUUCUGGCCAGGAUGUCAUUGUUGGAGGAUACAGUAUCCCCACAAACAACUGUCAAAUGGAGCAGUUGAUUAAAGAGAAUGAGAGGCUAAGGGGAGAAGUAGAGAGCUACAGUGAGAAGGCAGCAAGGCUACAGAAGCUGGAGCAGGAGAUUCCGAGGAUAACUGAGGCCUAUGAGACCCUAAUGAAGGGAUCUGCAAAGAGAGAAGCCCUCGAGAAAACCAUGAGGAACAAGCUUGAAGGUGAAAUCAAGCGACUCCAUGACUUCAACAGAGAUCUCAGGGAUCGCCUGGAAACAGCCAACAAACAGAGAGCAGCUAUGGAAGUGGAAGACAAGAGUCGGCAUGCUUUUGCCAAACUGGUUGAGCAAAAUGAGGAUCACCUGCGAGAGCGUGAACGUCUUGAAAAGGAGCUUCUGCAUAUACGAGUCUCAGGAGAGGAGUGGAAGAGGCGGCGAGAAGCCUUAGAGCAGGCAUUGAUAUCUGCUCAAACACGUAAUAGACAGCUGGAGGAGGAGCUACGCAGGAAGAGAGCAUACGUUGAGAAGGUGGAGAGGUUGCAGAGCGCAUUGGCACAGUUGCAGGCAGCAUGUGAGAAGAGGGAAUCAUUGGAGCUACGACUACGGACCAGACUGGAGCAGGAGUUGAAGAGUCUGAGAGCUCUACAGUGGCAGUCUCAACCCCAGCAGAUGAGCCCUGGAUCCUUCUCAGACUUGAAUGUGUCAUCUCUACAACAUAAGUUGAUUGAAAGAGAGGAGCAAGUUUUGGCCCUGGAGGCCGACAUCACCCAUUGGGAGCAAAAGUAUCUUGAGGAGAGCACAAUGCGUCAGUUUGCCAUGGACGCCGCAGCUACAGCAGCAGCCCAGAGGGAUACGACUAUCAUCAACAACUCACCUCGCCAUUCACCAAAUAACAGCUUCAAUGAUGACCUGCCGUCCCCCAACCACAGGCAUCAGGAGAUGGAAAACAGGAUUCGUGCUCUUUAUGCUCAACUUUUGGAGAAAGAUGCCAUUAUAAAGGUCCUACAGCAUCGCUCACGACGAGAGCAAGGUCGACCUGAGACAGGCCUACGUCCUGCUCGAUCUGUCCCCUCCAUCAACACAGUCGAAACAGCUUCAACAACCCGAACAAAAGGGAAGAGCCUCUCAGAUGACCAAACAGCAGCCGGGUUAUUGCCCCCAUUGCACCUUCCACUCGCCAAAGCCCAGUGCCGAGACUGCAGCACCCAAUGUGAGGAGUCUGUAGAGGAGACCAACCCUAAAGCAGAACCUGCUGCCACUUUAUCUACUCCAGAGCCAUCCAUUGUCCCCAGCUCUGAUAACAUCUCAGAGACACCUCUGGUCUCUCUCAACACAACUCUGAUCAACAGCAGUGUUGAAAAUGACACGGUAGAAAUUCUCAUCUAAAAAGCUUAAUGCUGCUCUUACAAAAGUGGAUUCUCGCUCUGCGCUGAUCUGAAAACUACUAAUGUUAAGAGAAGCUGUGCUUGCUUUGAGCAUGGAUGCCUUUGGAGCCAGUCAGCUUCUGCAUCAGGAACCGAGAGGAAGAGAUCGGGAAGAAAAGUUAACUCUGAAGAGAACUUCAGCCACAGUUGGGAAGAACUCUCAGUGAAGGAAGGAGCUGAGCUCCCUUGACAAGUUCCCUACACAUUAAAAAUAUUAUUGUUCCAUCUCAGCUGGUGACUCAAUCAGCAAGAUUGUGAAGACUGAGAGAUGUACAGUAUAUUUCUGAAUCCGAGGUACUUGGACAGUAAUCCACUACAAAAAGAUACAGAGAGACUUCAUAGGUGCAUAUAAACACAUCACAUAUGUUUAUGACAUUUAUAUUUAUUGCUGCGUAUGGUGUAAUGAUGAGUUGGUGAGUGCUGUAAGCAUGGAUAAAUGGGAGGAAAAAUAAGAACUAUCACCCUUAUAGUUUUUAGCAUUUGCUUUCCUUAAAGAAACCAGGGCAUUGUUCUUUUUUUGCCAGCCAAGUAUACCAACCCAUGUAAGAAUAUCCAACAUUCUUAGAUAAAUAUGCAUAUGAAUAUAUACUUUAUAUGUUCUAUGUUUAGUAGAUGAUCUGGCACAACUGCUUCAUCCUUAAUAUCAAGAAAAGAAUAGAUUAGAUUGUGGGAACCCAAAUACAGUUUGAACCGGUUGGCUGAGGAUUAGACCAUUUACAAGAAUAGUUGGGUAAAUACCAUCUGGACAAUACUCCCUUUGACAAAAUUAUCAUUACAGUUGGCGUUCUUGUUAUAACUGAAUGACAGCGGGAGCUUUUCUCUCCCCGUUUUAAAUAGUGAAAUGGGACGUCUCCUUUUGUGGACAGUAGAAGGGUGCAUACUUCUGCCUACUAUUUUUAGUGACACUUAGGGGAACUGCUACACUUAGGAAGCACAUAUUCCAUAUUAUUAUUAUUAUUAUUAUUAUUUUGUGCCCAAAACUGCAUCCACUAAUUAUAUUCCCUCACAGACAAGCUUGAGCUAAUCUACUCACAUUCCUCAGUGGUGGAAUGCCCCUGCUCGGAGGAAAAAGGGCUAUCUGCUGUCUGACCCAUGGCUCUGUUCAGAACCAUUGGCAUUUAGACAACUAUCCUCUUUUUGGAUCUGUUUAUUUCCAUAGUGCUGUGGUAGCUGGUUCUAUUUCAAGCAUCUAAAUGGAAAGGUUAUUUACAUUCUGUGACUCAGAACGUUUGACAAUUUAUCCAUGGUUCUACAGUCUAGCAACUGUGAUUUAGCCUUUAUUUGUGAGAGGUUUGCUGAGAAUUUAACUUUUCUUUUGUUUGUCUGUCUGAAAUAUUUGUGCUCAAUUAAGACUACACUUGUAUUGGUUUAGACAGUGGGAUAAUGGUAUAAGCAGCUACCAUUUGAACCAUCAGUCUUGUCUAUGUGGGUAAUAAGUAUCGUAAAAUGUUAAUUUAACCUUUUCUUACUCUUUACAUCCUAUGUUUAUUUUCCUAUUGCCUCCUAUACAAAGUAUUUGCUGGUCAAUGUUUGUAAUGGAGUCAUGCUUUUUAAAUGCUUUUUUUGCUCACUACUUCGACUAUUUACAUAAAGGGCAGUUUUGAAAUGAGAGAAUUUAAUAUAUUUUGUAUAUUAUUUUACUUUAUGGUAUUUUCUGAUGUGAACAUAAUGCCAAAGAUAUGCAUUACAAUUUAAGUUAAGUAAUAAAAAAUAUGAGCAUUAGUGAGGUGAAAUGUAGAAAUGCAGUUCAAUCUGGUUGACCCAUAUUUGGAUGUUGCUGUGAACUUCUAGAUUGGGACAUUCUGUGUGUCAUUAACAUUUCAGUAAUUUGAAUAAAACCUUAAUAUAUAUCUUUA